CUCUGCUGUUUCCUUCCCUUGGGAAGACCGGGAACGGUUCUAUAUCCCACCGUUGAGCUUUAAACGACCUCAAAGUUCAAAAAACAAAGCCCACAACGACAGAGAUCCGAAUUCUGUUUCCGAAAGCUUUAUCUUCAGAUUCUGUCUUCGUAGGCAAGCUUCAAUCUUUGAUCUCGCUGGAACUUGUGUGUGAUAAUCUUAUGCCCGAUGCAUGACAAUGAUUAUUUCAUGAAAGUGCUUCAUGGCUGAAGAGGUUUCAAGCUUUUAAGCCAAAAGGUGAUGCCUGCAAAUUUUGGUUGUUGGCUCAGUUGGACGGCAGGUUGAAAAUGAAAGCUGAAACACCCCAUUUGAAGAGAAUGAAGAAAUGGUAUGGUGGUGCUGUAGUUGCAUCUCUGUUUAUGUUGCUGCUGCUGAGAUAUGGUUUUAUGAAAAAUCCUGUUGAAGAAAGCUACUUGAUGAAUCCCUUCUCUUCUAAUGGAACCAAUCCACUUGAAUGGGUGCGUUUUACAGCUCCACCUGCACUUCAGAAUCCAGGAAAUGCUUCUCAAGUAAUUUCCUUUGAUAUCAUAGCCUUAAGUCUCUUUGCUCAAAGGAACCUCUCCAAGGGAGAGCAACAUUCUUUGCUCGCCUGGAAUUUGUUGAAGAACUUAAUUAAUCAUUCUCAUGCUUUGCCAAAUGGAGUAGAGGCUAUCAAGGAAGCUGGAAGUGCAUGGAAUAGCUUGAUGGCUUCAGUCGAAGAGGAAAAGCUUGGUUAUGUGAAUGAUAAUUCAUCUAGAAAAGCAAAAGAGAAGCAAUGUCCCCAGUUUCUUAAUAAAAUAAAUGCUACAGAACCUGAGAGUCACUUCAAGUUACGAGUUCCUUGUGGCCUAACUCAAGGUUCUUCCAUUACAAUCAUUGGCAUUCCAAAUGGUGUUCUUGGUGAUUUUCGUAUUGAUUUAACAGGGGAAGCACUUCCUGGGGAGCCUGAUCCACCAAUAAUUUUGCAUUACAACGUUAGACUUCAUGGGGAUAAGAUAACCGAGGACCCGGUAAUUGUGCAAAACACCUGGACCUUAGCUCAUGAUUGGGGUGAAGAGGAGCGUUGUCCUCCAGAAACAUCUGAAAAGAAUAAUAAAGUGGAUGAGUUGGAGCAAUGCAAUAAGUUUGUGGGUAAAGAUAAUAACCUGACGGUAAGAGUGCACUCCCAUGGUUCAAGGAAGUCUUCAAUGGGGCUGCUAGGGAUUAAAUCCAGAAGAUAUUUUCCUUUUAAGCAAGGUUCUCUUUUCGUUGCAACGCUUAGAGUAGGAUCGGAGGGAGUACAGAUGGCAGUUGAUGGGAAGCACAUAACAUCCUUUGCUUACCGAGAAACAUUGGAGCCAUGGCUUGUUAGUGAGGUUAGAAUUUCUGGAGAUGUGAAAUUAAUCUCUGUGCUGGCUGGUGGUUUACCCACUUCAGAGGAUUCAGACCAUACAGUUGAUAUAGAAGCACUUAAAUCAGUUCCUCUUUCUCUUCACAGACCCGUAGAUCUCUUUAUUGGUGUUUUCUCUACAGCCAAUAAUUUUAAAAGAAGAAUGGCUGUGAGAAGAACAUGGAUGCAGUAUCCCGAAGUUCGAUCUGGGACUGUUGUAGUGCGCUUUUUUGUUGGUUUGCAUAAAAACCAUAUUGUGAAUGAUGAACUAUGGAAUGAAGCACGGACAUAUGGAGACGUACAGCUGAUGCCUUUUGUUGAUUACUACAGCCUGAUCGCCUGGAAAACUUUAGCUAUUUGCACCUUUGGGACACAAGUUGUUUCUGGAAAGUUUGUUAUGAAGACUGAUGAUGAUGCAUUUGUUCGUUUGGACGAAGUAAUGGCUUCAUUAAUCAGGAUAAAUGUGACUCAUGGAUUGCUUUAUGGACUCAUUAACUCAGAUUCCCAACCUCAUCGCAGUACAGAUAGCAAGUGGUAUAUUAGCCCCGAGGAAUGGUCCGAAGAUAGGUACCCACCUUGGGCACAUGGUCCUGGUUAUGUGGUGUCCAACGACAUAGCGAAGGCUGUUUACAAGAGGUUCAAUGAAUUACGCUUAAAGAUGUUCAAGCUCGAAGAUGUGGCGAUGGGGAUUUGGAUCGCAGAUAUGAUAAAAGACGGUUUAGAAGUCCGGUAUGAGAAGGAAGAGAGGAUCUUCAACGAGGGUUGCAAGGAUGGUUAUGUCAUUGCUCACUAUCAAGGUCCAAGAGAGAUGAUGUGCUUAUGGCAGAAACGCCAGGAGACAAAAAGAGCUAUGUGCUGUGGCAAUUCUUAAGGCAUGCAAUGGUUCCUUUGAGAUUCUUUGACGAACGAAAACCGACGACUACAUUUCACAACCAGCACUUUCCCGGUGCUAACUUUAACUCGACCGGAAAUGGCGGAGGAAACCGAUCAGCCAUUAUUGGCUCGAUUGAUACGGCUCAGGAAAAUCAGAGUAAGAGAAGGUGUUUUGGUGGUCCUUUUGUUUCUUUUAUUCUUUUAAAGUUCUUUUGAUAGUAAUGUUGAUGGGGUCACUGAUUAUAUAUUAUUGUGUAAUAAGAAAUCCUUUUUGUAGGGCAUAGAUAGUAACCUACAUAAGUGAUUAGGAAACGGUAGAUUGAUACCUUGUAUAGAGAAGCCGUUGCAUUAAAAUUUACGUUUAACGAGUA